AUGCGCGUUUAUAUGAAAUCAAAACCGGACAAAUACGGAGAGAUGUUCAAAACGCUGAACGAUGCUGCAACGGCUUACUUGGAACUUAUCUGUUUUCCUACAAAUCCACGCAAUUCCAUACUUAGGAAAAAAUCAUGGUGUUCGCAACACAGAGUCUGUGCCAGAUUUUUUAUCCGUGAAUCCAGAACUCCAAUCCACGGAACUCAUCGCAUAGUCACAAUUGACAACUGGUUUACGAGCAUUCCGUUCAUAGAAAGAAUGCUAAAGAAUCCGUACAAUUUAAAAAUAACUGGGACUGUCACGUUACUUUCCUUCACUCCAAAGAAAAAUAAGAUCGUUCUGCUUGCGUCUUCAUAUACGUCUUCGACUGUAAUCACUAAUGGCAAACCGGAUAUGAUACGACAUUACAAUCAAAUGAAAGGUGGUACAUAUACGUUUGACCAGCUGUGUACUUCGUUCUCGACAACCAAACGUACAAACAGGUGGCCGAUGCGAAUCUUCUUUGGUAUUCUAGACCAGGCCACAGUAAAUGCUGUAAUUCUUCUAAAAUGCAAACGAUUAAACGCUGGAGAUCACGGAACAAUAACGGCAUAUAACUGCAUAGACGAUGUCAUAAAGUAUCUUGUCACUCCUCACCUACAGGAGAGAUACGAGAUUCCUACUUUACGCACUGAUAUCCGAUACGCGUUGUCUGGAAUUUUGAAAGCGGAUAUAAGAGGGGAAAUCAGGAAUGAUGGAAGAAUUGUUGAAGCCGACACAUAUGCUCGCGUUGCUCGGUGCAUCUCAAAGAAGGGUGGAAAGACGAAGUCACGCUGUGCGGCUUGCGGCUUGCGUUUGAUCACACGAA